AUGGUCGUUCCGACCGAGGUCGUGCAAUGGAGGGCGGAUUAUGACUUCGUGCCACUGAAUGCCACCGAGUUCCUCAACCCGAAGGUCCAAACCAAGUGGGAGAGCUUGUACCCAGCUGGGGCAGGCUUUGGCCCGGACGGCCUCGUCUACAACUCAACCUCUGUGACACACCAGCUGCACUGCGUGUACAUCAUGGGCAAGAUCUUCUCCGCAGUCUUGACGAAUUCACCGGACCUCCCUGAGCCUGACGACUAUGAGGCCCACUUCCUCCACUGUAUCGACUACAUGCGACAGGCAGCCAUGUGUGCUGGGGACCUCGCGGUUGAGCCUCGUGGGGAGAAUGGCCAGCCUGGUCCUAUCAACCUUGACAAUGCCUUCAAUGGUCGUCAUGUGUGCAAGGACUACACACAGGUGAAGAGCUAUUUGGAAGAGCAAGUAAGGGACGGAAAACGAAAUAUUCUGCCCCUCGACGACUGA